CGUGCCCUCCGGGGGGACUGUAGGUUGAGGGAGGAAAGGGACGUCUUCGAAAGGGGCCGCCGCGAUGGGCAGCGCCUGGGAGGGGCGGUAGUGAGCGCGAGUCGCCUUUUUCUUUGCAAGGCCCGAGCUCGGACUUCAGACGGGAAAUGGAGCACUUCUCAGGUCGUCGGGCUUUGGUCACGGGGGCGGGCAAAGGGAUCGGCCGGGCUGUAGCGCUAACGCUGAGCCGCUCCGGGGCCCAGGUGGUUGCGCUGAGCCGGACUCAAGCGGAUCUCGACAACCUGCAGAAGGAGUGCCCUGGUAUCCAAACGCUAUGCGUAGAUCUAGGAGAUUGGGAGGCCACAGAGACCGCACUGGGCAAAGUGGGGGAUAUUGAUCUGCUGGUGAAUAAUGCAGCUGUGGCAUUGCUGCAACCAUUCCUAGAGGUGACAAAGGAAGCUUUUGACAGGUCUUUCAAUGUCAACCUUCGGGCUGCACUGCAUGUCUCCCAGAUUAUUGCUCGGAAACUGAUUGCCAGGGGAGCACCGGGUGCAAUUGUAAAUGUCUCGAGCCAGGCAUCUCAUCGGGCUCUGUCCAGUCACACAGUUUACUGUUCCACCAAGAGUGCCUUGGAUAUGCUGACAAAAUCAAUGGCUCUGGAACUGGGUCCCCAUAGGAUUCGGGUAAACAGUGUGAACCCCACUGUUGUUAUGACUAGUAUGGGACGUCUCAACUGGACUGACCCCCAGAAAGCUGGACCUAUGAUUAGCCGCAUCCCACUAGGGAAAUUUGCAGAAGUGGACGAUGUGGUGAACAGCAUCCUCUUCCUGCUGAGUGACCAAAGCAACAUGACAACAGGCGCCAUGCUGCCAGUUGAUGGGGGAUUCCUUGCUUGUUAGAAUAUGGUAUUGGCUUCAGUCCUUGUGGAAGCAUAUCCUCUCUGUGAUUUAUCCAACUAUCCUGAACAGCCUGAGACACAGAGUGAGAUACUGUAGAACAGAGAUGGGGAACCUGCGGCCCUCUGAAUCUUGUUGGGCUCUAACUCCCAUCAGCCCUGCAAGCAUAGCCGAUAAUCAGGAAUGAUGGGUUGUAGUCCAGGAACAUCUGGCGGGCCACAGGUUGCCUAUCUCUGGUAGAAAGCGAUCAAGCAACAGGUUUCAUUACUGGAUGCAUGGGAAAAGUUAAGGUAAUAGUUCUUCCUUGUGCUGCUGACUCUAAACAAAUCACACUUCCUUACUUAUGGAGAAAUGUUUAUUGUAUAAAAUAAGAGGUGUUUGGCUCAUCACUCUACACGAUGAUUAAAAACUGGACCCAUCUCCAUCCCAGCCCCCCCCAAAGCUCUCCCUGCUCUACCCCCCAGUCCAUCCCACCUAACAUAAGAAAGGGGUUGGCCAUCACCCUCCCACCUGCCUUUUCUUUUAAACUUACAGAAAGGCUCCUGUCAUCUGGCCCUGUCCUGCCUAGUUGGACAAAAUAAAGAGACUUUUCUCUUCCCCUGACUAUCCAUCUUUGGAAGAGUCGAUGGUCUGUAAAACCAGCUCAGGAGGAGCACACAGGCUGAUGCCCUGAAAGGCAGGGGCAGCUUUGGAUGGCAUAGAGCUGCACUGAUCAUUUAGCUAGUGUCUGGCACAAAUAAAGCAUUAAAUGCUACUACUUCAACCUGUAUCCCAUUCAUCUUUCCUGCCCCAGCUGGGGUUUGUUACCUGCUCCCAUCACAAUGCUCUAGCACCAAUAGAAGCAGUAAUAAUAAAGGGCUGGUCUUUCCAUUCACGCACUACCCCCGGCAUGGAGUUAUGGGGAGCAUGCUCUUCCCACUGCUCCGCCCUGGGGGGGACAGCAUUGAGCUCCUCCUCCUCCCAUGCGGCCCUUUUACAUCAACACAGACGUUAAAUCAAAGAGACAUUUAAAAAACACUGACUUCGUACAUGAUGAAGGGCCCCGCCUCUCCUGUUGCGGGCACACCCAGCGACCUCUUCCUCCUCGCACAUACAAGGAGGAGACACCCAUAACAUGCUGAACUCAGAUGCCCUUAGAACACAGUGCACUUCUUGCCAGGUUUCUUCACAGGUGGAGGACAGAGCACAGCACGGAUGGCUUCAUCAAAGACAGUUUUGAGGCCUCGCUGUGUAAGGGCAGAGCACUCUAGGUACUUCACGGAACCUGGAGGGAUUCAGAAGACAGCAUGAGUUAUGGAGUUGUAAUGUCUCUGCUUUACCCUUGGCCACCAUCAGACGCUGAAACCUUGAUUAUAAAUUGAUUUUUAAAAACCCACAAAACACCAAGGUUCUCAUGCUCACAAUAGAGAAAAAAGAUGGAAGCUAGCUUUUCUAACUUUUGGGAGAAUGCUGUGUCCUCUGCAGUUCACAGCUCUUUCCUCUGGCCUAUUUCCAAGACUCACCAAUUUCUCUGGCCAUAGCUAGGCCUUGGGGGUAGGUAAUAGGAGCCAGUUUCUUGUCACGCAGUCUCUCAAUUGUGUCCUUGUCAUCCCUCAGAUCCAGCUUGGUGCCCACCAAGAUGAUUGGUGUGUUGGGGCAGUGAUGUCGAACCUCUGGGUACCACUGAAAAUGUAGAGAUGAGAGAGUGAAUCCCCUUGACUGCUGAUUUAGGGAGUUAGUGCACUAGAAACAAAAUGAUACCCAGGACAAAUGGCCAUUGCUGGCUCUUUGCUUGACCAAAGCUAGGAAAUGUUGGCAGAAAAGGGAACUGAUUCUACUUCACUGCAUGCUCCCUAUUGACUUUAAUGGCUUUCGAUCCUGUUCUUGAGGCAUAGUCAGCAAGGCAGAGGAGACCUUCUGCUAAUCUCAAGGCUCAGGUGGGUCUGCCCUGCAUGGUCAUUUCCCAGUUCUUACGAGAAAGUGUGUUACCUUGGCUCGGACGUUUUCAAAAGAUGCUGGGCUCACCAGUGAGAAGCAGAUCAAGAAAACAUCCUGCAAGGGUACAAGCAGAAUACAUGACAAGGAUAGGACGUACCGUCAGAUGAAAUACUUAGGACAGCAAACUCAGGCAAAUGCAAGCCUUCAGUUUUUGCCCCUCCCCCCCAAUUGGCUCACCCACAAGUCACACUGCCUCUUGGAUCCCAAUACCAUCCCUUCUAACUCAGUACCAGAUUUCACAAAAAGGAUAUGUAAUAAAGGCUUGCUUUUACUGAA